UCUAAUUUUCACAAUGAAAAGUGACCCGGCCGUGUGCAAUGUUACGCAGAGAGCUGUCAGUGGUGUUGGCCACAUGUUUCGCCUUGGCCGCGGCCAGGGGAUCUCCUCACGGUGACGACAUUAAGGAAUUGUUAAAAAGUAUCGAUUCACGAUAUUCCGAUAAUGUGUUUGAAGACGCAAAUUUAGAUGUGCCUGGCCUUAUCAGAAAAUAUCGCUAUCCACUAGAAGUUCACAAUGUGACGACAGAAGAUGGCUAUAUAUUGGAAAUGCAUCGCAUUCCUCACGGCCGAGACGCUAACAACGAUCCGAAUAAAAGAAGACCAGUUGUGUUUGUGAUGCAUGGACUGCUAUGCUCAUCUGCUGAUUUCGUUCUUAUGGGUCCGGGAUCAGGCUUAGGCUAUAUCCUCGCAGAGGAGGGCUUUGACGUGUGGAUGGGUAACGCUCGCGGUAACUACUACUCCCGCAGACACGUUAGGCUGAAUCCUGAUGCAAUCUUGAGCACCGCAUUCUGGAAGUUCUCUUGGGAUGAAAUGGGAAUCAGAGAUUUGCCGGCUAUGAUUGAUUACGUGUUGGAGGCCACAGGAGAGCAAAGACUACAUUAUGUUGGACACUCACAGGGCACCACAGCUUUCUUCGUGUUGGGCUCAAUGUUGCCUGCAUACAAUGCCAAAAUUAUUUCAAUGCAAGCAUUGGCCCCAGUGGCAUAUAUGGCUCACAACAAAAACCUUCUUCUGAAAAUGUUGGCACCCUAUUCCAAUAAUAUUGAAAGUAUUGCUUCUUUGAUGGGAAUCGGCGAGUUUUUGCCUCACAGCAUUAUCUUCACAUGGGCCGGGGAGGCACUGUGCCGCGAUGAAGUGGUCUUCCAACCGAUAUGUAGCAAUAUUCUCUUUUUGAUUGGUGGAUGGAACGAAAACCAACAUAACGCGACCAUGAUGCCGGUCAUCUUAGGGCACACUCCGGCCGGGUCGUCGGUGAGACAGCUCGCUCACUACGGACAAGGAAUCUCCGGCAAACAAUUUCGUCGCUAUGAUCAUGGGUCUGCACUAUCUAAUUAUAGGGCAUACGGGUCAAUCAAACCACCACGUUACGACUUGUCUAAAAUUACCACUCCAGUGUUUCUUCAUUACUCCGACACCGACCCAUUGGCUCAUGUCGAGGACGUCGAAACAUUGUUCAGGGAAUUAGGUAGACCAAUUGGCAAAUUCCGAGUUCCACAGGCUACCUUUAGUCACAUUGAUUUCAUGUAUGGUAUAAACGCAAAAGAAUUGGUCUACAAUAGAGCCAUCAACCUUAUCAAAGCUAUGGACGCUAAUGCAUUCGACGAUGAACUAUUACGAAACCAAAUUGAUUUUUCAUCAAAUUAAAGAGUUUAAUGAAUAAAAAGUCUGAUAAAAGUGA